UUCUAACAGUAUUAUACAGUAUACUUAUACGGUUACAUAUAAUGUAUUAGAAUUUAGAACGCAUUUUAAUUUAUGGUCUAAAUAACUACGAUAACUACUUAGAUAUAAUCGUUUUAUUUUACUCACGUAGUUUAAGUUUUCCGGUUGUUGAACACUUAUACAGUGAGUAUAGUGACAUAUUAUAAUAGUGCUAACAUUGCCUUAGAUGUAUUCUAACUGGGCAGUCGGUUUUAAAAUGUUCAUUAUAUUAUACAUCGGUUUGGCAACAUGCUUAUCUUGCAGUCAUGCAGAUGACAUUUUCCCGGAAGCUUUAGUGUUUGAAGGAUUAGGCUUAUCCGACAUGAUCAAUAAUUCAAAAUCCGAUGAAAAUCGUAACAAUACUAUAAUAAUUGCAGGAGAUUUAAAUGACGCUUUAACAACCAUGAAUUUUCACAGAAAAAACAUAAAUGAUUUUCUCUGUCGAAAAUACAUAGUUGAAGAAAUAUUAAAAGAUAUUACAAACGGUACGUCAUCUGAAAGCCGAUCGAUGUCCCAAGACAGUCAUAGAACGAGUAAAACGUCAAUAAUGCAAACUGAUCCAGGCUCAUCUGCUUACAAUGCAUGGCUUAUCAAAACAAAAUUAUUGAAAAAAAUUUAUGAUGAAUACGAUUUAAACGUUAGAAUGCACGAAAAACCCGUUGGAUUCACUGUAACAAAUAAAAAUAAUGAAAGUAAUUAUGCAUACCGUUCUAAAUUGCAAUACCUAAAGUACAUUUUUUUUCUAGGCUUAGAAACACAUGACUACGAAACCAUGAAGAACGUAGAUGACGUUAAAGAUUUGAAAAAUCCUUAUCACUCAAACGAAGAUUCAUUUUCUAGCCCCAGUGAUACAGUCAGUGUGGAUUUUACGCAAAGUCAAUCUACACAGUACGAUAUAGAUAAUGAUAAAGAGUACAAAAAACCAAAUCAACCGUACCCUGGUCUUCCUGAUUUCAACCCUACACAAUCUACCCAUAUACCUUCAUCAGCAUACCAACCCUCUUUUACUCAACCAACACAUGCACCACCAUUACUUCCAACUAACUAUGGACCUCCACCAUUUUUGAAUGAAACACCUUCAUACCCACCGGAUUAUGGAAUACCAUCAUUGUCGUCAUAUGGACUACCUCCAUCUUCUCAUCAUGAACUACCUCCAUCUUCUCAUCAUGAACUACCUCCGUCAUCAUAUGGACCGCCGCCGUCGUCAUACGAAUCACACUCUUCUCCGACAUCAUAUGGAUCACCUACACCAUCAAACGGUCACUCUUAUCUACCUCCUUUAAAUAGCCGUUCGCCAAAGUAUCCUCAUCCUGGAUUGAUUCCGCCAACUGAAAAUCCAAGUCAUGAUCUUACAACCAGAGGUAUCAAAACAUUAAGUCAAUCGGAUGACGAGUUACAUACUCCUGACAGAGAACCAAAACGGGGACUUACUGCAACGGAUAUGUACGAUCUAACUUUAACAGCUAUUGCGUUCUUGGGGUUCGGUACAUUUGUCAUGAAUCUAGUUAUGGACGCCAUGGCGGUACAAUCUGGAGCAACACUUACGAUAAAUUCAUCGCCAUCACGCGGUGGCUCAGCGCCUAGAGUUAAAAGACACGACAACCCCGUAUUCUGGGAAAUAAACGAGUUAUCAUGGACCAUAGUAUCGACAAUUGACAAUAUGAUGGCAAACGUAGACGGAGCCUUUGUGAAUUGUAAAGAAGUCAAAGCAUUGUGUCAAAGAUCUAAAAAACUAGUAAAAACUGGUACAAACUUCAGUUCAAAAUUAUUGCCUGUUUGGAAUGUUGCUUUAGGAUGGCUUUCAAAUAAAUUAGGUGCAGAUAAAAGUCAACCAGUGAUAUCUGCAUUAUUAGGUCAUUGUAAUUUACCUUCACAAUGUCAAUCAAAUGCAUAAUUUUAUCAUCUAAGUAAAUAAUACAAUUUAUAAAUGCACAUAUAAAUUUAUUGGUCUAUUUUAUUCUUUUAAAAUAUACUGUACUAAUUCCAAUGUUAACAAUUUUCAAAUAUAACUAACUUCAACAAUCCUAAUUUAAUACAAUAUUGUACGAACAAAAACAUAGUUUUUAAUGUUUCUUUCUAUCAAAAUACCUACUUUCACUAAACUUUCUUUCAUAUAGGUAUACCAUAUACCUAUUACUGUCAAUUACUUCAUAAGGAAUUAAGUUAUUAUUUUAUGUUAAAAAUAAUAAUUAGACAUUUUUUCUAGAUAUAUUGUAAAGGUAUACCUAAUGUAUACAUAAAACAAUAAUGUAAAAAUUUUCACAUUUAUAGCAUUAUUAAAAAGUAUAAAUUGUUCAGUAUUCUUAAGAUUUUUAGAAUAUGCUUAGACAUGAAGAAAAACUACCAGUCAAAGAUAACUAACUAAAACUUUAAAGAAGUCUUUGGUGGCAUAGUAUUGAAAUAAUAAAAGCUUAUAUAAUUUUUAUAAAUUUCUGUCCAGUGUUGUGUUUUCAAAUAUAAUAAUAAUUUAUUGUUGCAUUCAAAUGUUCCCUAUUAUUAUUUAUUACAAUUCACUUAUAAAAUAUUACCCAUUUGUCAAUCCAUUUUCUAAUUAUGUAAAUCAAAAUUAAGUUUUGGUAAGAUCAUUUAAUUAGGUAAAUAUAAUGAUAUUCGUAUGAAUAUAAUCUAGCUUAAAACUACAAAGAAUUUAAUAAAUUAAAACGAGU